AUGCCUCACGCAACCGCAACCGUAAACGGCAUCCUAGUAGCCGAGACCGACUCCUACGAAGUCGUCGACGGAAACAUCUACGUAACCAAUCCUUCUCCUUUCUUGUCCAUCAUAAGCCCCUUCAAUCCAUCUGAUCCAUGCCAGUUCCCACCCGACACUAUCAAGUCCAACCACUUCAGCCCAACUUCAACUAAGACGCACUGCCCAUAUAAGGGAGACGCAAGCUACUACACCGUCACAGCCAACAAGACGGAAGUGAAAGAUGCAGCGUGGUACUACCCGGAGCCGUUGGAAAGCAUGAACAAGAUCAAGGGGUAUGUUGCUUUCUACAAGGGAAAAGCUGAGGUGAAGAGUGAGUGA